ACUUUCCCUUUACGCAAUAAAUUUAUCAUGUUUUUGUACUAAAAUGAUUCAGUCUCUAAUGCUAUUAUUCAAUAAAUUUUGAUCAAUCCUUAUUCUGUUUGACAUUGACUGUCAAUAUCUGUAAUUAUUUCAUCAACUUUUCCCGUUCAUCAUUAUGUUGGACCAAUCAACCAUAGUUUGUACUCUAUCAACUUUAGUCGUUGGUGUCGUUUUAUUCAUGUGGUUCAAAAAAAGUAAAACUGCCAAACAGGUUCUUCUUAAAGACCCAGAGAUUAAAUACAAAGUUCCUUUAAUUGCAAAAGAGAAUAUCAAUUGGAAUACUCGAAGAUUCAGAUUCGGAUUACCAACUGAAAGACAUGUCCUUGGAGUUAACCCAGGUCAACAUAUUUAUCUAUCUGCUCAAGGCAAUAAUGAACUCAUCAUACGUCCAUACUCUCCCGUGUCAAGUGAUGAAACGCUAGGCUAUUUUGAUCUCGUAAUCAAGGUAUACUUCAAAAAUGAUCACCCAAAUUAUCCAGAUGGUGGUAAAAUGUCUCAGUAUUUGGAAAGUAUGGCUAUUGGUGAUAAAAUUGACAUACGAGGACCAGAAGGAAAACUUAUUUAUGCAUCAAAGGGCGACUUUUUGAUAAAAAAGACUCGCAAAUCAGCAGCCGAGAAAUUCAAUUACAAGAAUGUUGGCAUGAUUGCUGGUGGAACUGGUAUUGCUCCUCUUUUCCGAAUUAUAAACGAAAUCAUUGACAAUCCUGAAGAUAAUACCAAAGUUUGGUUAAUUUUUGCCAAUAAUAAUCCUGAUGACAUUCUACUUAAGGAGGAAUUGGAAGAAAUUAGCCAAAAACAUGGCGAUCAGGUUAAAAUCUGGUACACAUUGGUUAAGGCAGAUGAAGGUUGGAAAUAUUCUGUUGGUUUUGUGGAUGAAAACAUGAUCAAGGAACACAUGCCUCCACCAAGUGAUGAUUCAAUCAUCUUGAUGUGUGGACCUCCACCUAUGAUUAAAUUUGCUUGCACACCAAAUCUGGACAAAUUGGGUUACAGCGAAUCAAAAAGAUUUGUUUUGUAAAUAAUAUACAUAAACAAGAGCUGAAAUUUUGCUCUUGUUUACGCUCUUCCUCUUUGCUAUUUUAGUAAUCAUGUCACUAGAGAUUGAUUGUUAUAAGUGUCAAUUUAAAAAUUGUUUUUAAUUGUUUACUCUCUGAUUUUGUUCGAAAAGCCAGAAUAAACCAAUCUUGCGCUUUCCUAGUAUAGACUAGACACAGCAAGGUUGUGAUUUCAAUAAAUAUCAAAUCCAAAAGUCAA